AUGUCGACCAAGAGGAAUGCUCGGCAUUCCAUUGUGGAGGAUGUGCCUAUCCCAAGGCCACUCCUGGCAACGGCCAAGUUCGAUUCGCCCUGGGAACAGACAAAAUGGGAGAAGUCUCUUCCUAGAAACAACCGUGUCCCAUAUAAUCUGGCCGCAGCGGCAAGCCAGAAGCAACAGGGAGGUCUGAGUAGAUCUUUCAGUCUCUCUACCCGGAGGGUUCAAAGGCCCGCUCCCGUAUCACGGCCACAGACUAAUCCUCCAGAAUUGCAAGUGUGGGAAGAAGCCAGAACACCUACCCUUUUAACGCCGCCAUUGCAAUCGCCAUCCGGACUCUCUGAAAAGGAACCAAUUACACCAAUCAAAAAUGCAGCCCUCAGUCCGACACAAAUGAGCAGGGUUAGCUCUCGCACCCAGCAUAGUCGCCAGAGUAGCAUGCACGAUGCAUACGAGAAAGCCAAAACAAGAGGGGUGGUUUUGCAUCGCAAGCAUUGGGUGCGAGUGAUGUUCGAAUAUGCCAUUUAUACGCUCCUUCUUCUGUUCGUCUACUUUGUCUUGAUCGGCAUGCCACUCUGGAAAGGUGCCGUUUGGUGGCUAUAUUGGGUUGUCGCGCAUAAGUUUGUUAUUCAGGGAGGAUAUGCCAUUACAAUUGGCCUUGCUGCUCUUUACGCUUUCCUUCCCCUUUUAAUCUUGUUCGAAAAAGACCCUCCACAAAAAGACGAGAUGUCAGAUCUGGAUCUCGAGAAAAGAGCUGAAAACGCCAAAAUAACUGCUCUAUUGAUCCCAUGCUACAAAUCCGCCAACAUCAUCGGCCCAACAUUGAAGGCGGCCUUGGAAAUUUUCCCACCAGAGAAUAUUUUUGUCAUCGCCAAUGGCAAUUCUGAAACACCACUGGACAACACCGAGGAGGUUUGCGCACCUUAUGGAGUCAACCAUCUCUGGGUACCUAUCGGGUCUAAGAUUGUUGCUCAAUUUGCUGGUUGCUACGCUGCCAAGGGAUUUGAAAAUGUUCUUCUAAUCGACGACGACUGCGCCUUGCCUCCCAACUUCCCUAUCGUCAGUGAUCGGCUCAAGGGUAAAGUCAAGUGUAUUGGAUAUACGAUCAAGAGUGUGGGCCCAAACUCAUCAAAAGGCACUUACUGUCAGCAAGCGCAAGAUUUGGAGUACAAAAUGUCCGGCCUCCAGCGAGCGUUCUUUGGCAAACUUGGAAGUGCAACCUUUCCUCACGGAGCCAUUUCAAUUUGGAAUACGGAGUUCUUGAAGCAGACUUUCCAUGAGCAUCCUGGAUUCUCCGUCUCAGAAGAUUGGUUCUUUGGAGAUAGUUGUCGUCGUCUUGGAGGACGCAUCACUAUGUGUUCUUCGGUGUUCGUGGAGACCGAAACCCCGUCUUCGGUUUUCUUUAGUGGCAGUGGCAGUCGUGGAGGCUUCGGCGAGAUGACGAUCUUCUCGCAGCGAUUCAAGCGCUGGAAUUUCUUCUUUGUCGUUGGCAUGUACUAUGACAUGAAAUAUAUCCUGACGAGCUGGAAGCUGGGAUGGUGGGAAAUCGGGGCCAAGCUUUGCGUUUUCCAAGAGGUUUAUGAGACUCUCAUUUAUCUCCUCGCUCCAUUCGUUCUGCCCAUCUCAUUUAUCGUCCGUCCCGGAUUCUGCGGCAUGCUCCUCGGCGUCACCAUUGCCAUGUACAUCAUCAACGUCAUCAUCUUCAACGAGAUCCACCUCCGUCUGAAGAAAGAGCGCAUCAACUGGAUUGUCAUGAUCUUCUACUACACCUUCUACAAGAUCGCUCUGACAUUCAUUAACGUCUUCAGCUGCUACUGGUCACUGUACAAAUACGCCCGUUACUUCGCCAAGCGCCAUCCCAAGGUCAUCGAGGACCAACAAGCGAUCGAAGUUGUUCUCAGCUUGGAGCAAGACACAGACUCUGAUUUUGAGGAAGUUACAUUGCCAGUGGCAGCUCCAGGUCUGGACGCGACGACGCGCGCAUCGAAGCGGUUGACGUUGACAAGAGUCGAGCCUGACCACCAAGAGCCUGGGUGGCUAUUGACCGACGAGACGACUACCUCCUACCAACGCAAUUCGUGGAACAAACGCAUGUCCUGGAUAUAA